ACGUGCAUCAGAAAGAGCCGGUCAAAAAAAAAAAAGAGCCUUUCGUUGGCGAACAACACGUCACCCGUGCGCAUGUGCUGAAGUUUGAUGUGAGUUUUGCGCGAGAGAGGUGAGUUGUUGCUGCCUCGAAGCUAACUGAAAUCUGCCUCGGUCCUAACUGAAAUCUGCCUCGGUCCUAACUGAAAUCUGCCUCGGUCCUAACUGAAAUCUGCCUCGGUCCUAACUGAAAUCUGCCUCGGUCCUAACUGAAAUCUGCCUCGGUCCUAACUGAAAUCCGCCUCGGUCCUAACCGAAAUCCGCCUCGGUCCUAACCGAAAUCCGCCUCGGUCCUAACCGAAAUCCGCCUCGGUCCUAACCGAAAUCCGCCUCGGUCCUAACCGAAAUCCGCCUCGGUCCUAACCGAAAUCUGCCUCGGUCCUAACCGAAAUCCGCCUCGGUCCUAACCGAAAUCCGCCUCGGUCCUAACCGAAAUCCGCUUUCCUUCGCCGUCCGUUACUUUCAAACAUCUUGUUACGGUAGUUAGCAAAAGCUCAAAGCAGGACACCUCGGAGAUGAUUCUUUCUAAGCGGAUAGACUAUGAACAUUUUGAGACUCAGUCUCAAUAUUCGACAGACCAAGGAAGUCAAGGAGGUGAGACCGGUGGCUACAUCAGGGUGAAUCUGCAGUAUUGUGUGAGGUGGGGAAGCUCCAUGCGUCCAUCCAGACUGAGUCGCUCAGCCUCCACCAAGGCUUCUGAAGCCUGGGGCUCCAGUGACCCUGCUGCCCAGCCGAGGAGGAGGAGUAGUAGUAGGCGGCGAGGGCAGGGUGAAGGGACAGGGCCGAACUGGGACUCUGCUGACUCAAGCAUCGUGAUCUCAGACGAGGCCACGGAUCUUGAUCUGAUUGACCAUCACCAUGGAAACCACAGUGUCUCAGAAUGUGGGUCACCACCGCUAGAGCUGUCAGUCAGCCAGGGGAAGGCUGUGAUUGGUGGAAAGGUGACAGGGCAGAUGGAAAGAGGCGUAGAGUCAGACGCUGAAUCCUGCUGCUCAUUGGACAGCAUUGUCUCUGGCCCCUCCUUCAUGGUUCAAGGCACUCCACUAACUCUUCCCCCUGGUCUGUGUUUGACAUGUCAGAGACUUCACAGAGAAGCCCAGAGGGGAAGACCCACUCCGCUGGACAAACUAACAGACAAUGAUCCCACUUCCUUGUCAUGUGACCAAUGGGUUCUCAUGAAGAAGUGGACACCCAGAAGACCACAGAACAUUAAAGGGAGGCUGUGGAUCCAUCUGGGCCGGAUUAGACACAGAGAGCAGACCAGGGGAGAACAGCCAGCCUGCUCCAGACCACACAUUUUCCUACAGAGGAACCUGGGGAGAUAUGAGAACCAGGCUGUGAGCAAAGGGAGGAAGAGGAAGAAGAGGUCCAGAGGAAGUCGUCAGAGGGCAGGAACAUGCAUCCAAAGCAACAGUCUCAAACGCAGUGGUCUCCAUAGCAGCGCUCUCCAUAGCGAUCCUGAUGAAAAGGCGGAGAACAGUGAUGACAGCAGUCUGGAGUGUACACACAGGGUCCUCACCUUCCAGGUGGUCCCUUCCGCCGUUACCAUGGAAACCCCGCGGGAGGCCACGCCCCCACAGGAGGAGGAGCCCAGGAAGAAGAGCGGUGGCUUCAGAUCCCAGCUGGCUCAGCUCCAUGCCAACCGCAGCCGCGUCGUCAGGGAAACACACACAUGACUGAUGACAUCACUGUCAGAUUCCAAAUAUGUUCUUGAUUGUUUUGUCAAUUCUCUACCUGCUUCUGCUGUUUGUUCUCCUUCAAGCAUGGCUGGAGGGAGUUACCAUCAGAGGGGACGUGCAUGGAGUUACUAUUUACAGUGUCUCUUAUACUAGUUGAAUCUAGUUUUGAAUGUAAAUAAUAAUCAGCCUCAUUGUCAUGUUUCUGCUGAAGUUAGUUAACAGAUAACUAACUUCAUCUGUAUCAGAUCUUCCCUGUUUAUUUCACACUGAAGAAUACAUGUUAUUUUAUUGUA